AAAAUAAAUAUGUCUUGACAUAAAAAAACAACAAAAAAUUUCAUUUACUUCCUAUAUGAGUAUGUAAAUUAUACUUCUAUAUUUAUAUACUAGUAUGUCGAUUGUACUAUAUAAAAAUGGCAUUUAGUCCCUCCUAUCACGCGGUGUUGGGUGCGUGGCUCGAGUUUGUUCAUACUUAAUUUUACCGACUUAAAAACAACAUUUUUCAAUCUUCUUUUUUUUAGUGCUAGUUUUCAUCAACUAUAUUUGUCCUCAUAUUUUUCACUACUUCGUAUUUUUCCAUUCUUCAAAAAAAAAAAGGAAAAAAUGAAUAUUGGAAAAGAUGUUCGUCCAUUGCCAAUGUACGAAUACAAAGUUCUAAAACAUGUACCUACUUUUGUUAGAAGACGAUACGAUCGAGAUCUUGACCACAAGUUGAGUGAUGCAACUCUAGAUUUGUCAUCUGAAGACGGCGAAAGCAGAGGUGAUGAUGGUGCUGAAGCUUCCAAUCAUGCUGCUGUUAGUGAUUUUGAUGAUGAAGCAGAAGAUGAAUUACAGGCAGAUUUCAACAAUGAGCAGGAUUCCCAAACUUAUACAGAUGAUAUGGGCAUGUUUUCAGAAGAUAGCAAAAGCGAAAGUGGAGGAGCUGAAGAUGAAGACAUUGUGUAUGUAGGUUUGGAUGAUGUAGAAGACAGCAGAAGCGAAGGUAAUGGUACGAAAGAUGUGAGUAUUGUUAGUGAUUAUGUGGAUGAUAGUGUCAAAGACGAAGUUGAGGACAAGGAUCAGGGAAACUCUGACAAUAAGCAAGGUUUUCAAUCAGAAGACGGCAAAAGCAUAGGUGAUGAUGGAGCUGAAGAUUCUAGUCCUGCAGCUGUUAUUAAUUUGGAUAAUCUUCUUGUUAAUAAUGAAGCUGAGGAUAAACAAACAUAUACAGAAGAUUUUGAUUCUAUACAAAGUACGAAUGGUAGCAAAAGUGAAAGUGGAGGAGCCAAAGAUGCUGAUCUUACAAGCAAUAAGGAUGCGAAUGUUGAAGAUGAAAUCGAGGGGGAUGGACAAGCAAAAUUAUCUGACAAUGAGCAAGAUGACAGCAAAAGUGAAAGUAAAGAUGUUAUUGAUGUUAAUGUUGAAGAUAAAAUCGAGGGAAUUGGAGAUGUAAAAACCGACAAUGAGCAAGGUCUAUGUUCAGAAGAUGGCAAAAAAGACGAUAACGCAGCUACAGAUGAGUAUACCCUUGAGAAUUUUGUGGAUUCUAGUGUCAAAAAUGAAGUCCAGGAAAGAGAACAGGAUUUGAGUGUCAUAGAAGAUAGCAAAAGCGAAGACAAUGGAACUGAAGAUGUAAAUAUUAUUAGCCAUAAUAUGGAUGAUAGUGUCCAAGGUGAAGUCGAGGACAAAGGUCUUCAAAUAUCUGACGGUAAACAAGCAGAUAUGCUAGUAGAAGACAGCAAGAGCGAAGCCGAUGCCACUAAAGAUGCAAGUGCUGAUUGCUAUCAUAUGAAUGAUAGUGCCAAAGAUGAAGUCUUGGACAUUGAACAUGACAAAAAACAAGAUGUUAGUGUUGAAGUCCAAGACAAGGGAGUCGGAAGCUUUUCUGAUGAACAAGAUUUUAGCCCAAAAGCAUUCAAGGAAACCCUGGAACGAGAUGGAAUUGAUCUGUGUUGUCCCAAAUGCAAGAAUAAUAUAACCCACACAAUGAUUUAUCGAAAAAAGGAAGCUAGCCAACAACAUCAAACAACAUGCUAUACCUUCUUGACAGCUCUAUUUAGUUGCAUGCAUUCAAUGGUAGUUCACUGGAGAACUAAUUAUCGCUCACACUUUGAUUAAGGCAUUGGUGGAACGAAUGCAAGGAGUUGAUCAUGAUAGAUAUGCAACGAACGCAAGCUAGCAAGCCUCACCAACAUGUAUUGGGCGGCGACUGUGAUGUACGUACUAACUAAUCAUGACUUUGUUGCAAAUGAAAAUUCCUCUGUAAUUACUAAUUACUUCCCUACUCCUCGAGUUUGUAUGAUUUCUUGCAUAUAAUCGGGUGUAUUCGAUCACUAUACAGAAAUAAUUGUACUUGAAUUCUAGCUAGGUACAAUAGCACUUUAUGCC